AUGGAGCUAUUACAGCUAAAACGGAAAGCUAGUAUUGAACAGGGAUUGUCAAUCACUUCAAAAGAGUCAUACAAAGCUCGUCUUUCAAAUCCUGUGCGUGCUAACGAUUUUGGAACCAUAAUGUCAUCAAAACGUGGUAAAUAUGAGCGUAGAAUUCGAUCGGCUAAACUAAGAGCAAGAUCAGAACUUGGCGAUUCGCCACAUAGUUGGUAUUCUUGUAAAUAUGCGGAUAACUUCAACUUGUCUCUAAGUACUGUCCAUGAUUGUUGUCCACGUAUUGAUGCUUGCCAAGUUGCUUAUGAAGAAUUCGUAGCUGAAUAUGAACGUCCUUACCAGCCUGUCGUAAUUCAAAACGCCCAAACAGAUUGGAAGGCUGAUGAAAAUUGGACACUAAAGCUUUUGGAUAAAAAGUAUCACAAUGAGAGGUUCAAAUGUGGUGAAGAUGAUAAAGGUUGUUCUGUUAAAUUAAAAAUGAAGUAUUUUAUUCGAUAUAUGAAGGAAAACGAAGAUGAUAGUCCGUUGUAUAUAUUUGAUGCGAACUAUGGAGAACAUUCAAGGCGUAAAAAGUUAUUAAAUGAUUAUAUGAUAUGUCGGUAUUUCAAAGAAGAUUUAUUUUCUCUGGGUGGAGAGAAAACGCGACCUCCUUAUAGAUGGUUUGUAAUGGGUCCGCCACGUUCUGGCACGGGUAUACAUAUUGAUCCUCUUGGAACUAGUGCUUGGAAUGCAUUAGUAAAAGGAUACAAAAGGUGGUGUUUGUUUCCGCCACGAACUCCAAAAGAACUGGUUAAACCAAAACCGUCUGAUGGUGGCAAGAAUCGGAACGAAGCCAUCUCUUGGUUCGUGUAUGUAUAUCCACGCACACAAGCAUCUGACUGGCCAUCGGAGUACGCCCCUCUUGAAAUACUUCAAUGUCCUGGAGAGACGGUCUUCGUUCCUGGUGGUUGGUGGCAUGUUGUUCUUAAUUUAACUAACACCAUUGCUGUUACGCAAAACUUUUGCAGUUCUAUUAACUUUCCUAUUGUGUGGCACAAAACUGCACGGAAAAGACCAAAAUUUGCUAAAAGGUGGUUAGCUGCUCUCAGAAUUAAUCGACCUGAUUUAGCGAAGAUCGCAGACAACAUAAAUCUCUCUGAGCACUUUCCGGAUGUCCCUUCAUCUUCAUCAUCAUCUUGUUCAUCCUCAUCUUCUUCACGUUCGUCUUCAUAUUGCUCAACAUGCACUUCUACAAAUCAGUCUCCCGAAAAGAUGCAUCAAUCUAAUACGUCCGGGCUACAUUCAAUUUCACGGUCACCAACUCCAAAGCGUAGACGAUGA